UCUCUGGAGUAUUGGCUAUUCCUCCCAAUUUGGUGUCGCCUGCAAUUGGGUCCUGCUGCCUUUUCCCCGCCCGUCAGAAACCGGAAAUGUGUAUGCAGAACGCAGCUAUCCUUUCUCUCAAGCCUGCGAGGCGACGGGGCCCGAAGGGGGCGUGGCCAGCAGGUGCUUCUCAAGAGCAAAAAGGAAAGGGGCGGGGACAAGAUGGCGGCGGAGGAGCUCUGGGGCUGGUUGGUGAACUAGACCGGAAGUGAGGCGUUUUCCUCAACUGCUGGUUUCCGGUCUGUGUUUCUUCACAGGGCGAGUGAAGGCAAAGACGGCGAAGCGAAGCCCUUGGGUGAGAAAAGGGGGCGUUUUCCUCAGCGGCAAUGGAGAAGCUCCGGCGGGUGCUGAGCGGGCAGGACGACGAGGAGCAAGGGCUGACGUCACAGGUACUUGAUUCGUCAUCUCUUAGUUUUAGUACCCGGGUGAAAUGGUUUGCCAUCUGUUUUGCAAGUGGCAUUUUGUGUUCUAUUCUUGGGACAGCAAUGCUGUGGCUCCCAGGUGGUGGUAUGAAACUCUUUGCAGUAUUCUAUACAUUAGGAAAUAUUUCUGCUUUAUCCAGUACUUGCUUCUUGAUGGGUCCUGUGAAACAGCUGAAAAAGAUGUUUGAGCCAACAAGAUUAAUUGUGACAAUUGUUAUGCUGCUCUCUUUUAUACUCACCCUAUGUGCUGUGUUCUGGUGGCAUAAGAGAGGGCUAGCCCUGCUGUUCUGCAUUAUGCAAUUCUUGGCAAUGACCUGGUACAGUCUGUCAUAUAUUCCUUAUGCAAGGGAUGCUGUGAUGAAAUGCUUCACAUCCUGCCUAGGUUAGAGGGAACAAAGAGGAACUUUUCAAUAAUACUAGAAGCCAAUUUUAUUUCUCCAAGUUUACUCAUUUGUGUCAGAUCCCGAAAUUGUGAAAAGUUUUCUACAAUUGGGGACUAAAUUAUGCUAGCAGAAUAUACAUACAUACAUACAUACAUACAUACAUACAUAUGCAUACACUCAUACACACAUAUAUUCAAAACUGCCAACAACACCUGCAUAUCGGGAAAUCAAUAAAUUCACAAAUCACUUAUUUACCUCACAAAAUGGUCUCAAAAGUGCUGGAUCAGAUUCUGCUACCAUAAUUUACUCUCAAAAGUAGCAUUUGGGCUCCAGGUAAAAUGUAUGUAAAUAAUUUUGUCUUGGUUUUGCUAUUUAUCUUUCCUGUUAAUGCAUUAUUUGUUAUAUGCUUCCCAAAGAUCUUUAACAUUGUAAAAUUAAAUAUUUUACUAAAUAUAUAUCUAUAGAGCUCUCUGAAAUACUUAAACUGGCAUGCUAUGAAAGAAUGGAAAAAUGUAAGAUGUCUGGUAUUGAACACAUGAACUUUUCUUUUAAACUUUAUAAAUACCAACUUUUUAUAUUGUGAUACUUUAAAAAAUACUUGAAUAAAAGUGCUUAUGAAUAAUAUAUUAAAUCAAUGAUUACAAAAGAAAUAAAAUUAUUUUGAAAUGCCA